AUGUCACUUGGGCAGCCCUGGGAACAACACGGCCGUAUUUCCCUUGACAACUCAAACUCACAUGAGUCUAACCUACUUGAGUAUGAGGCUUUUGAUGUUCUGAGCCCAAGGGGACCCUUAGAUGAAGUCUUCUUUAAAAAAAUAAUAAAAGCUGCAGGUCUCUCUGUGUUGAGCGUUGACAUGCGUGUGCCGGAGAACAGAAAAGAUCAUUACACGGACAAGUUCAAGAGUUCCAGUCUCAUUGUGCGCAGGAAUAAAGAGUUCACCAUCAUCAUCAAACUAGACCGGGCCUUCAGUGCAGAGCAGGAUGAUGUGCAGUUGGAGUUCCUGAUUGGCAGUUCACCUGAUGAUAACAAGGGCACCUACAUCACUGUGUCCAUUGGAAAAGGGAAACAUAACAGGCACUGGAAGGGUCGUGUGGUGGAAAUACAAGGCAAUGAAGUGACAGUGGGCAUAACACCUAACGCCAGCUGCAUCAUCGGCCGAUUCCGCACCUUUGUAGCAAUAGUGACUGAUUUUGGAAGACAGCGCACUCAGAGGAACCAAGACACUGAUUUCUAUGUGCUGUUCAAUCCUUGGGACCCUGCGGAUCAAGUGUACAUGGACAAAGAGGAAGACAGACAGGAGUAUGUGAUGAAUGAUGUGGGGAUCGUCUACAAUGGAGAACACAACAACAUAUCCUCCCGUUCAUGGAACUUUGGGCAGUUUGAAGAGGGGGUUCUGGAUGCCUGUCUUAUGGUAAUGGAUGCUGGGAAAGUACCGCUACUGUUCCGUGGAAAUGCCACUGAAGUAGUUCGGCAAGGAUCAGCUCUGCUGAACGCCCAAGACGAUAAAGGUGUCAUGGUUGGCAACUGGAGUGGUGAUUACUCCUCUGGCACAGCACCCACUGCCUGGACCGGAAGUCCUGAAAUCCUGCUCAAAUAUGCCAGUGAGGGUUGUGAGCCUGUGUGCUUUGCUCAGUGCUGGGUGUUUGCCGGCGUGAUGAACACUUUUUCGCGUUGUCUUGGGAUCCCUGCACGGGUCAUCACCAAUUACUUCUCUGCUCAUGACAACACGGGCAACGUGAAGACAGACAUUGUGCUGGACAAAGAUGGGAAAAUUGACAGAAGCCGAACAAAAGAUUCAGUCUGGAACUACCACUGCUGGAAUGAGAUGUACAUGAAGAGGCCUGAUCUGCCUGAAAACUUCUCUGGCUGGCAGGUGGUCGACUGCACCCCUCAGGAGACCAGUGACGGUCUUUAUCGAUGUGGCCCAACGUCUGUCAAUGCCAUCAAAGAGGGAGAGCUCAGCUAUCCGUUCGAUGCAAAGUUCGUCUUUGCAGAGAGUCACGUUUGA